AUGAUAAAACGAUUGCUGACAGCGGUGGUGACAUUUUUCCAUUCGUUUUUCCUACCGGAGAGCAGACUUCUGUCUCGGCAGAAAUGGGUCUUGGGUCUUCUCAACUUAGCAGCCGUGAUUCUUUUUUGGGUGCUGUCUUCGUUUCUAGUAAAUGACUUGUUCGAGACUGACACCUACCGCAAGCCGUUUUUCAUCACAUGGGUCAAUACUUCUUGCUUUGCGCUCUACCUCAUACCGUAUUUGCGCUACAAAAACCUUUCCGUCCCGGAAUUUGUGGAGGCAUUGAAACAGGAUUUCCACAAAUCCCGCUAUUCCCGCCUAAAUGACCCAGAGGGGUCAACACAAGAGAUGCCUGAAUAUGGAGCUUCCACUGAUAAUGUGGCCAUUUUGGAAGGAUCUGACGCCUCGUUAGCUACGUCUUCGAACCCCGAAGAAGUACCCAUAUACGAAACAGUGAUGCUUUCGUUACAAUUCACCAUUCUUUGGUUCACAGCGAAUUUGGUUACAAACUCGUCACUUUCCUAUACUUCUGUGGCAUCGCAAACGAUUUUAUCCUCCACUUCUUCCUUUUUCACCCUUUUGGUUGGGUACUUUUACAGUGUUGAAAAAAUUAAUACCAAUAAAGUGAUGGGCAUUAUAUUAUCAUUCAGUGGGGUUUUAAUCGUGACAAAAAUCGAUUCAUCGGAUGCCAGUAAUACACCUUCUGCAGAGGACCCAUGGCUUGUGUUAUGGGGAAAUGGAUUGGCUCUAUUAGGUGCCCUAGUGUAUGGCAUUUACACUAUUCUAUUGAAGCAUAAAAUCUCCCAUACGGACAUGAAAGCGGAACGAAUUCUAGACACUCACUUGUUCUUUGGAUUUGUUGGUCUCUUUUGUCUUGUGUUUCUCUGGCCAAUCGUCGUUCUCUUGCAUUUUACUGGUUUGGAGAAGUUUGAGGUUCCACAUUCCAAGAAUGUACUCAUGCUUCUCCUUGGCAACGCGUUCAUUACAUUUAUCAGCGACUUUUGCUGGUGCAAAGCCGUUAUACUCACUAGCCCCCUUACAGUAACAGUGGGGCUUUCGCUCACUAUUCCAUUGGCGAUGGUUGGAGAUUGGAUUAUCAAAGGUUUUAAUAUUCAUUUUUGGUACGUGUUUGGCGCGGCAAUUGUUACGUUAGGCUUCUUCGUGAUCAAUAAGGAUGAAAGAGAGGAUUUUGUCUCUGACAUAGAAGUAUAA